CGUAUCCGGAGUGCGCCAUCUCAAAAGCGAUGGAGUCGGCCGCGUACAGCGAGGUCUACCGCCUCAAGUCCAACCACUCGGAGCUGCAGAUGCACAAGCGGACGCUGGAGCGCCAGCUCGAGAUCAAGAAGGACCAGCUCAAGGAGCUUCAGCGGGCGAUUGCGGCGUGCGAGGCUGCCACGGACGACGCGUCGCCGCGCAAGCGCAGCAGCGCCAAGCAGCGCCUCGUCAUGACCACAUAGCACAUCCACACGACACAAAGCUAUGUAUAUAAGGUUGAACAUGGACGGCGAGGUCGCUUCGAUCGCGACGACGCUCUGUGGUGCCAG